AUGGUUACGAGAAGUGGAGGUAUGCCCUUUGUAUCAGGACGAAGCAUCAAAGAUAAACCCCUCAGAGGUGUCAGAGAAGGUAUGAUACCGAGGACUGGGCUCUCCACGUUUUUCUCCAUGGUAUCAACUUAA